AUGCUGCUGAGUUUGACGUUGUUGGUGGCUAUUUGUUUGUUGACAGAUGUGGUGGUAGCUUUACCUAUUGUUGCAAAAGUUGCUAAGGAUGACCCGAAAGAUGACACUAUGGAGUUGGUUUACGUUACCGCUGUAAGUACAUAAAUAUAUAAAAUUUAAUACAAAAAAAAAUAUUUUUUUUACUGUAUAUAAUAAUAUAGAAGCUUAGUAAGUAAUGAAUAUACAGGUUUGGCGUCAUGGCAUGAGAUCUCCUGACGUUAAUUUUACCGACAACUUAUAUCCAGUUGAUUAUUGGCCUAAUGGCAUGGGUGAACUGACAGAUGUAAGUUAAAUAUCUAACACUCAAACUACCGAAAACGGCUGGUAUUAAAAUACUGUAAAACGCAAAAUCCGUUAAACAAUGUUUAUAUUUACAGUACGGAAUCGAACAACAACGGCAACUUGGUUCAUAUAUAAGACAAAAAUAUAUAAAGAAACUAAAGCUAUUUUCUCCCGUAUAUUCUCCUGAAGCUUACAAAGUUGAAGCAUCGAUCAGAAACCGAACGCAACAGUCAGCCUUGUACAACUUCCAAGGCACAUUUAAUGAUAAUAGUGUAACCAUCAACGACUUUGAUCUAACUUGGCCAAAAGAAAAUGAAGAAAAUAUUGUAGGAUAUCCUUACUACAACCAGUGUGAUUUUGUUGCUAAGUUAGCAAAGUAUGCCGAAGCUAAUGCAGUCUAUCAAGAUUUUAUACAUCACAACGUAAGUAGAGUUGUAACAAUUAGAGUAGCUAAUUCUGCUUACAACGAAAAUAUACUAUGAUUUUCCAAUAUAAUAAAAAACUAAUUUUUUUAGAAAUGGUUUAAAAACUUAACAACGACAACAAGUAUUCUGCAUUCUUUUGAUUUUGCUGAUCCAUUAUAUGUUGAAGUAAGUUAACAGUCUUAUUUUUAAAUUGGUGUUACAUUGAAAUUGUUACAAAACAUUUUAGAAAAUGCAAAACCUUACAUUAGCACCAGAAUACGAAAGUGCAUGGGAAGAAAUAUUUAAUUCUUAUGUUACUUCUUUAAAAUACUUUUACGGUGAUGGUAGGUUAUUUUUCUUUUUUUUUUGACUUAUAUCCUCACCUCUAACUUGAUCAUGCCUAUGAGUAUUGAAAAAAUUUUAGGCUUACUUGAUAAUAAAAUCGAUAUUUAUCAAAAGUUGGUACAAUAUCACGCUGGACGUGUGUUAACCGACAUAAUGCAAAAAUUUACGUUAAAACAACAAUGUUCCCAAGAAUCAAAUCAUUUAGCCGAUGAUGACAUUUGCGAUGAACUGUAUGAUUUAAAGUUUAAAGCUUUUUCAUUGGUAAGCCAAAGAGAUUUUAAAAAACAAUGGUUAUUUUUAUAACAUAUUUAGUACAUGUAGAUUACUUCAAAAUUUAUUUAGUACAUGUAAGAUGACUUCAAAAGUUAUUUAGUACAUGUAAGAUGACUUCAAAAUUUCGCUACAAAAUAUGUCAGUUAUUUUCAACAUUUUUAGCACGACACAUACAUUACUGGUUCGUUGUUCGCACUAGGUUUUAAGAAGCUAGAUUAUGAUCGUGAAAAUAAUUGUGAAAUGGCAUCGGCUUUGUUCUUCGAGCUUUGGAACGAUAAGAAAGCGGAAGAGUUCUAUGUAAAAGUUAUUUACCGUCGAAAUGCUGAUGUGAUUUUCGACAUUACAAAUGAAAUCGAAUUUUGUGAUGGUGGUAGAAAAGGAUGUAAACUAGAAAUAUUCAUAAGUGGUCUAAAACCAUUUCAAAUUACAGAUAGUGAAGAGGUGAGUUCGAUUAUCCAGUAGUUAUUUGUUGUUAAUAAGUGUGAGACACACACACACAAAACGCUAAUCAUAACUAACAAUAAGACAUUCCUUUAGCUAGAAAAAAAAUUUGUUUUCAUAGUAAUAAAUUUUUUAUAAAGAUUUACAUUACCAUAUAAUUUUUUCAGUAUUGUGCCCAGUCAUUAUAA